CACGCCGUUCGCGCGAUGCCUUUUCCCUCCGGAGAUCCCAAGAAACAAAUACACCGCGACGCCUAUUUCAUCCGGAGAUCCCACCCAGCGAACAAACACACAGACACAAGAGCCGGCUCCUCUCACCCCCCGGCCCCGAGCAUCAUGGCGUCCAACACCGCACCGGCACCCGCCGCCGACGACGAGCUGCUGCACGAGUUCGGCCCGCUCCUCAGGGUCUACAAGAGCGGCCGCCUGGAGCGCCCCCUGGUGCUCCCGCCCGUCGCGCCGGGUCUCGACACCUCCACCGGCGUCCAGUCCAAGGACGUCGACCUCGGCGCCUACUCCGCCCGCCUCUACCUGCCCGCAGCCGCCGCAACCACCACGACGACAAAGCUCCCGGUCAUCGUCUACGUCCACGGCGGCGGCUUCGUGGCCGAGUCGGCAAAGUCCCCCAACUACCACCGCUUCCUCAACGACCUGUCCUCCGCCUGCCCGGCCCUCGGCGUGUCCCUCGACUACCGCCUCGCGCCGGAGCACCCGCUCCCGGCGGCGUACGACGACUGCCUCGACGCCCUCCGCUGGGUGCUCUCCGCGGCGGACCCCUGGGUGGCGGCGCACGGCGACCUCGGCCGCGUCCUCGUGGCCGGCGACAGCGCGGGCGCCAACAUCUGCCACCACGUGGCCAUCCAGCCGGGCGCCGCGCGGCUCGCGGGCGCGGUGCUGAUCCACCCCUGGUUCUGGGGCGCCGAGGCCGUGGGGGAGGAGACGCGCGACCCCGCGGCGCGCGCCCGGGGCGCGGGGCUCUGGACGUUCGCGUGCCCCGGCACCACCGGCAUGGACGACCCGCGGAUGAACCCCAUGGCGCCCGGCGCGCCGGGGCUGGAGGCGCUGGCCUGCGACAGGGUCAUGGUGUGCACGGCGGAGGGCGACUUCCUCAGGUGGCGCGGCCGCGCGUACGCGGAGGCGGCGGCCGCCGCGCGCAAGGGAGUGGAGCUGCUGGAGACGGACGGGGAGGGCCACGUCUUCUACCUCUUCAAGCCCGACUGCGACAAGGCCAAGGAGAUGCUUGACAGGAUCGUCGCUUUCGUUAACGCAGCACCUUGAUGCUCUCUCCUCACCGGCAAUGCAACUCGGUGAAUUUUACUCACCGACACCGGAGGUGGUAGUAGCUAUGGCGAUCCUUGACGUGUUUGUGCCCAGUUCUUGGAUUAUGACGAUGAAAUAAAUUGGGUUUACUGGAGCAACUCCAAUCAUCCUCAUGUUUCCUCACCUACCUCUCAACUUUAGGGGUCUUUAGCUUUACCAAUAAUCACCUUUGUUCCUAAUUAUGAUAUACGUUUUAAAUAUUUUAAUUAGUACUCAUAGACUGAAACGAGUGAGCAAAGCCAAUGAAACACGUCUAUAUGGAUUUGAAA